AUACAGAAGGUAAGGUUCACAGGUAAAACAGUAAUCAAUAAUCCACCACCCAAUGAGUAAGCCAUAGCCUGUUAGCACUAUGCAUUAGAAUACAUACAAACUAAGCUGCUCUAAAAAUGGCAGCCUUUACUCUGAACAUUGAAAAACACGUGGAACCUUGCCUUGUCACUUGUGGGAAGUUUGAUGGUUCCCAUGCCUGCCUAGCAGUAGCCACAUUUGGCGGGAAUAUUUUAGUGCACAGUCCUCAUAGACAACCACAAAUAACUGGCCAUGAUCAUGAGCAGGCAGACAGGAAAUUAUCAUGGAGUGGGGAGCUUGCUGAACUCCAAAUUGGUACCGAGAUUACAGCACUGUGUACUGGCAGACUUGGUGAAGAUGAAAGGGAUAUUCUUCUAAUUGGAACUAUCACUCAUGUUCUUGCCUUCCACGUUGAAGACAACUCAGACAUCUUCUACAAAGAGAUGUCUGAUGGAGCUAAAUGCAUAAUCAUUGGAAGACUGAGCUGGCUCUCAAAUCAUGUGGCUAUAGUGGGUGGAAACUGUUCGGUAACCAUCUUGGACUCACAGGGUACAGAAGUAUUCUGGACAGUGGUAGGAGGUAUGGUUAGCUCCCUGGCUGUGUUUGAUUUCAAUGGGGAUAAUGAGAAUGAGCUGAUAACUGGUACAGUAGAUUUUGAGAUAAAGGUGCACAAGCAGAGCAACGUUCUCUGGGAGACCAAGGAAACAGCACCCAUCACCAGUUUAACCGGCCUCCCUAAUCGAAGAUUCGUUUAUUCCGUCGGAAAUGGAACUUUAGGUGUCUACGAAAUGUCUCAGAGACUCUGGCGUGUUAAGUCGAAACACAGGGUGGUGGUUACACGCAGCUUCGACUUGAAUGGGGACGGCACUCCGGAAGUAAUAACCGGCUGGAAUAAUGGAAAAGUGGAUGCCAGGUUGUCCGACAGUGGCGAAGUAAUUUUUAAAAUUCAAUUAUCAGCCGGUGUGGCUGGAAUCGUGGAGGCCGACUAUAGGCGACUCGGAAAGCCCGACUUGGUAGUGGUCUCCACCACCGGAGAAGGUGAAAUAUUAUUCGCAACACCCUCGUAUUAUCCACUAUUCGAAGUUUUCAUCGUUACAGUACGAGGCUACAGUUCUGCCUCCACAAUGGACACUCCAGAACCCGGUGAAGCCAUGCGAGAUUUAUUAGCUAGAAAACAGAUGCUGCAGAUGGAACUCAGACAAAGAGCUUCGACCGUUCCAAACAUGUACCACGGGACAAAAUUGGCCGUCAGUUUAAUGACCUCAAGGGGUGCGGCCCGCGUCUCGCUCGCAUCCGGACCUGGACUUCUGAUUCACUGCGCUAUAGUUUUCACGGAAGGAGUCUUCGAAGGUGAGACCCUGGUUGUUCAUCCUAGUAAGCCCAGAGGGGAACUUGAAAUUGAGCUUCGUCCUGCGAAGAAUACUCCUGUAGACAUGCAUGUGAAGGUCUGCGUUGGUCCCGCUGGAGCUGAUCUUCUUCAGGUGUUUGAGAUGACCCGUCAGCUGCCUAGAUUCUGCAUGUACGAAGUGAUUGAUCGUCCCUCACAGAUUCCGGAUGACUUCGCUAAAAAUAGUGUCACUGCUGAGCUUGCAGAGAGGCCUCAAAGGAUCGCCCUAUGGCUGAACCAGAGCCUCAUCCUACCGGAAGAGUUCGAAAUGAAGGAAGACGGCAUACACAAUGGAGGCAUCGAGCUAUGGCUUCGUGGAAUGAGGGACGACAAGGUUCACUGUUUCCUGGUCAACUCCGCUGGAAAAAUAACCAUUCAAACAGAGGAUUCCGCAUUCGCGGGUGACGUUAUUCAAUCUUUGGCUAUGUAUCUGGGUCUCAGAGAGCUUUCUUCUGAAGUCUCGUUCCCGGACGAAGAGAAAAGGCUGGUCGACGCACUGGAACGCGUCAGAGAACUGAAGGAGAUUGACGCUAAACUGCAGGCGGAGACCGCAAACGAGACGACGUUAUUAAAAAAUAUAAUAAUCAGACUGGAAGAUGCUAGGAUUCUCGAGAAUGUGGACGACAUGAGGAGAAGAUUAGUGCAGCUGAAGAACGUGAACGCGGAUUUAAUAAGGGAACACGAAAUCAGGAUGAAGAGUUACAGGGAACUCACGUCGAACUUGAAGGAGCUGAACAUGGGAGUGCAACGUGCAGCCAGACUGAGAGUUGGGAAAAGUUCGUCGAACACUGUAGCUGGAUGCAGAGCCGCCAUUCAAGACGAGAAUCCAAAGGCUCUCGCGUUCGCGAUAAGACAUGGUUGAAUUUGAACUGUUUACGCAGUAAGAAUUUUUGUAAAAAAAUUUUAUUGUAAAAUUCUACUUGGAG